CCCUCUCUCUCUUUCACACAUUUUCUUUCUCCUACGUACAUACUCUCGAUAUGGGUGCUUCACAUUACGAAAACAACGGCUUUGGUACGCGUGCUAUCCACGCUGGCCAAGAGCCUGACCCAACCACUGGCGCCGUCAUCCCGCCCAUCUCCUUGUCGACCACUUUCAAGCAGUCCGCUGCUGGUAUGCACAACGGCUAUGAUUAUUCGCGUUCUGGCAACCCAAGCAGAGUCAACUUUGAAACUGCUGUUGCCUCGUUGGAAAAGGGAACACACGGCGUUGCAUUUUCUUCUGGCUCAGCGGUGACUGCCACCAUCUUGAGCAUGGUUGGCGCCGGCUCCCAUGUUUUGUCUGUCAAUGACGUCUAUGGUGGUACAUAUCGGUACUUCACCAAAGUGGCACCUGUCAACGGCAUCGAGACCAGCUUUCUCGAUUUGAAGGAAGCUUCUGCUAUCAAGGCUGCCCUGAAACCUAACACAAAGCUUGUCUGGAUUGAAUCGCCGACGAACCCGACGUUGCGUCUCGCUGACAUCCAAGCUAUUGCCCAGUACACCCACGCCCAUGGUGCUCUGCUCGUGGUCGACAACACCUUCAUGAGCCCAUACUUCCAAAACCCAUUGCUGCUGGGUGCUGAUAUUGUUGUGCACUCGGUUACCAAGUACAUCAACGGUCACUCGGACGUUGUCAUGGGUGUUGCUGUCACCAACAGCGACGAAAUCCACCAGAAACUGACCUUCCUCCAAAACUCUCUCGGUGCCGUUCCCUCUGCCUUUGACUGCUACCUUGCUCGUCGUGGUAUCAUGACUCUAGAAGUUCGUAUGCAGCGACACGAACAGAACGCCUUGGCUGUUGCACGCUUCUUGCAGAAUCAUCCUAAAGUCACGGAAGUCAUCUAUCCGGGUUUGGAGUCGCAUCCACAGCACGAGCUCGCCAAAACCCAACAAAAGGGUUUCGGUGGCAUGGUGUCCUUCCGUGUGGAAGGAACGUUGGAUAACGUCAAUAAAAUGCUUGGUGGCUUACAUAUCAUCACACUGGCCGAGUCUUUGGGUGGCGUCGAAUCUCUCAUUGAAGUUCCUGCUAUCAUGACCCAUGCCAGCUUGAGCCCUGAGCAGCGUGCUUCCUUGGGUAUUACCGACACCUUGAUCCGCGUGUCUAUUGGCAUCGAAAACCAAGACGACCUUAUCCAAGACAUUGACAACGCAUUGAAUACCGCAUAUUAAAUAGCAUGACACACCUUUUGUAAUUAGUAAUAAAAUUGUGUAUAGACAAAGU